CAAUUCACAGAAGAUAUGAUUCCUACUGUGGGCUUCAAUAUGAGAAAAAUAACUAAAGGAAAUGUUACCAUAAAGGUUUGGGACAUUGGAGGGCAGCCAAGAUUUCGAAGCAUGUGGGAGCGUUAUUGCAGAGGAGUCAAUGCAGUUGUUUACAUGGUAGAUGCAGCAGACAUAGAAAAAGUAGAAGCUUCAAAGAAUGAGCUACACAAUUUGAUAGACAAGCCACAAUUGCAUGGAAUUCCAGUGUUAGUCCUUGGAAAUAAGAGAGACCUACCAGGCGCACUGGAUGAAAAACAGCUAAUUGAGAAAUUAAACCUUUCAGCUAUUCAAGACAGAGAAAUCUGUUGCUAUUCUAUUUCCUGUAAAGAGAAGGAUAACAUAGACAUAACAUUACAAUGGCUUAUUCAGCACUCCAAAUCAAGACACUGUUGAAGAAACGUUUGCUGAAGAUAAAUUUCCUUUCCCUAUCACUUUGACUCCUAUGAGCUAUACACUCCUGAAAAGAUAAGGAAUGCAACUGCAUACUACUGGGACUCACUUUGAUCAUAUUUGUUAACAGAAAUGAAACUUAAGUGAAUUAUG